GCAGCAAGGGAACCAGGCGAAACUCAAGUGCUUCCGCGUGAAUGUGAGAAAGCUAAAAAUAAACGUCCCAACUAUUAACAUUAAUACAGAUCUAGUAAUAUAAAUAAAGACUUACCAACAUAUUUUGGAUCUGGGAAGUCGACAGAACAAAAACCAUGUAUCGCAAUCUCAGAGAGCUAUUGCUGACCAUUAUGGCGAUGUUAAUGCUGUCUACGUCACUCGCAAAACCACGGCAUAUCGUUUUUAUUGUUGCCGACGAUCUUGGAUGGAAUGACGUUGGUUUUCACAAUGCGGACAUGAUAACUCCAAAUAUCGAUAAGCUUGCGAACAGAGGUGUAAUUUUGAACAGUUCCUAUGUGCAGCCGGUAUGCACACCCUCGCGACACUCCUGGAUGACAGGUAUUUAUCCGUUCAAGGCAGGCUUACAACGGGGAGUUAUAUUUCCUGAGCAAGCAGUAUGCUCGCCCCUUGAUAUGAAAUUCUUUCCAGAAAAGUUACAAAAGCUGGGGUAUUCUACCCACAUGGCGGGAAAAUGGCACCUUGGUUUCUGUAAUUGGGACUGCACGCCUACAAAUCGCGGGUUUGAUUCGUUUCUAGGAUACUACAAUGGUGCAGAGGAUUAUUACAAUAAAACUAUUCUAAAUGGUAUUGACUUUCACGACAAUAAGGAGCCAAUAUCAGGAGACAAUAGAUAUUCUGCUUUUGUGUAUGCAGAUAGAGCAAAGUCAGUAAUCGAAAAUCAUAACAAAACAAAGCCUCUUUUCUUAUACCUUCCUUUCCAGUCAGUGCAUACUCCAAUUCAAGUACCGAAGCGUUUUGAGGACAUGUAUCCAGAUAUCGCUAAUGAUCAGAGAAGACAAUAUUCGGGCAUGGUGUCUGCCAUGGAUGAAGCUAUUGGAAAUAUUACACAAGCUUUGGUUGAUAAUGGUAUGAUGGAUGACACUUUGAUUAUAUUUACGGCUGACAACGGAGGAUGGCCCGGCUUUGGAGGAAACAACUACCCAUUGCGAGGAGGAAAGAUAACUAUUUUUGAAGGGGGCACGAGAGCCGUGUCAUUUGUUUCUGGAUCAGGAAUUGCAAAGCCUGGAUCCACAUACAACGGCUUAAUUCAUGCUGUCGACUGGCAUCCAACAAUUUUGGCAGCCGCUGGUAGUUCAACGGACGACACGAACGACAACAUUGACGGUUUGAACCAGUGGAAAGCAAUCAGUUUGGGAGGAGAAUCAAUGAGAACAGAGCUAGUUUAUAAUAUAGACAAUUUUGUCUUAGCACCAAAUGGGCAUGCAGCGAUACGGGUAGGAGAUUUCAAACUGAUAGACGGGUAUCCAGGACCUUAUAGGGACUGGUACAAGCCAGAACAAGAGUAUGAAAAUAAUCCUCACGUGACGACAGAUUACCAAUACUACUCCAAGAUAGUGCAAGAUGAUUUAGUUAAAAAUAAUGGUUUAUGGAAAGGAGACGGACUUUAUAAUUUGAAAGACGAUCCCACGGAGCACCACGAUGUCUCUAAACAACACCCCGAGAUUGUAAAAGCCCUGAAAGCUAAACUAGACGAGUAUAGAAAAAGUUAUGUAAGACCAAAUUUUCCGUCCAAUGAUCCUAAAGCCAAUCCGAAAAACUAUGGCGGAUAUUGGAUGCCUGGUUGGUGUUAAAUAAUAAUAACUACUAGUAUUCCAGAAUGACAGUGCCAUGAAUUUAUUCUCACUUGUAUACAGAUGUUGACAUGACUUUAUUAAUAUUUUUCUUAAAGGUAAAUUUUGUGUCUCUUCAUACGAUAAUGUUGUUCACACAUAUGGUAUGAAACGAGAUCUAUUGUAGGAAUAUUGAGUUGCACAUGUCUAGGUUGUAGAGUUUUCCAUGUCUUAGUCUAGGUUGAAGAGUUGUCCAUGUCUAGGUUGAAGAGUUGUCCAUGUCUAGGUUGAACAGUUAUCCAUGUCUAGGUUUGAAGAGCUGUCCAUGUCUAAGUUGAAAAGUUGUCCAUGUCUAGGUUGAACAGUUAUCCAUGUCAAGGUUGAAGAGCUGUCCAAGUCUAGGGUCUAUUUGCGUUAUUUUAGAUACUACAAUAACAAAUUUUAACUGAGUAGUACAUGCAUAUAUUGUAUAGAUAUUUUACAAAAUGUCAUUAAAUAAGAAUAAAAUGUAAUUUUCUA